AUUUAAAUCCUUUGUGUAGAUCUGCACAGUAAUUUUCUUAGUUUUUGAUGGUGUGGAGGAAUAUUUGUUAUAUUUUAGCAAACUGAGUGAGAAUAUUAUAUUUAAGUCUUUAUUUGUUCAAGCAGGGAUGAAUUAAUACAAUUGAGGUAAAGUUGGUUUUAUAUUCUCACAUUCUGACUUUCUCCUUAAUAAUAAUAUAACAGAAAAAUAUUUUUGCUAAAUAGUUGCUUUUAGGAUUUUUCCUGAUGUCUAAUAUGGUCUUAUGACUUACCGACUAUUUGUCAGCUUGUGUUUGUCAUUUUACAUCAUAGAAAUAAUUUGCAACUCCACAUAAUUAAUUUUAGUUUUCAAACAUUUUCUAUUAUAGUUAUACAUUUAUUAUUGUUGUUUCUUUUGUGUGAUUGUCUUUUAUAUGUCUAAUUUACAGCACGUUGUCUAUUUUAAACCUGUGAUUAAAGAGUUUUCUAAUAUUGCCCUGUUCAUUUUCUUUAUUUCAGAAAACACAGAGAAAAGGAGGAAAGGGAAUAAAGCCUCUGCUUUCUUUAAGAGAGCAUGGAAGGCUGUGAAGCGCCCUUUCCUUUGCUGUGACCGGAACAAAGUGGUUCCCUUCGAACCACGGUCAGACGUCGACGAUUGCGAGCACCUGCCUGUUCCAGGUCCCUCCAGGACCGUCGCAGCACAUGCAGACCUUGAGCCGGUGUGGCAGCCAGGCCAGGUCUGUGAAGAUCUUCAGCCGUUGAGUGUUCCGGGCCCCUUCAGCAUCAAGCAAACAGCAGAUGUGCCGAAUGCCGAUCCGGCCCGUCCAGAGUCCUCGACGGCCCUCACAGGUCAUGUUGAUACUGAGCUGGUGUGUCUGCCAGGCCAGGUCUGGGAAGAUCCUCAGCCAAUCAGUGUCCAUGACCUCUCCAAUAUUAAGAACAUGACGGAUGCUGAUUCGGCCUGUCCUGAGUCGCCUUCGUCUGUUCAAGACCCCUCUGAUAUUGAUGGGACUGAUGAAAAACCCAAGAAAGGAAGGAAAGGCAAAAGAGUCUCUGCUUUCUUCAAAAGAGUAUGGAAGGCUGCAACGCGCCCUUUCCUGUGCUGUGACACAGAUGUAGUCCAGCAUCUUACACCACAACCUGAGCCCGAGCCUGAGCCUGAGCCUGAGCCUGAGCCUGAGCCUGAGCCUGAGCCUGAGCCUGAGCCUGACCCUGAACCUGAACCUGAGCCUGAACCUGAACCUGAGCACGAGCCCGAGCCCGAGCCCGAGUCCGAGUCCGAGUCCGAGUCCGAGUCUGAGUCUGAGUCUGAGUCCGAGUCAGAGUCAGUUCUUGAAGAGCCUAAAGAGGCUUCUGGGCUCACUCUUGGAUCUAGGGUGGGUCUUUUUGAAGUGAAAGACCUGAUUGGAGAAGGAAGUUUUGGCAAGGUGUAUCUGGGAUCUCACGUAUUUAAUGAGAGAACAAAGGUUGCCCUGAAGUACAUCAAGAAGCGUAAACAGGACCGUUAUCUCGACGUUGAUGGCCAUUCCAAACCUGUGCUUGCAGAAGUGGCAAUCAUGCUUAAGUUGAUGAAGGACCCACCUUGUCCCAGCAUCAUCACAUUACACCACUGGAUUAAGAAUAAGAACGACUUCGUUCUCUUUCUGGAGUACGCCGAGUCAUCCCAGAACUUGGCUUAUUACCUCAGAAGUUCAUUGGACAUUGAUGAAAACCACGCACGCCGGUUAAUGCAUCAGUUGAUCCAAGCUGUCAAGUUCUGCGCUGAGCGUGGAGUUUUCCAUGGAGAUAUCCACUCGGGGAACAUCCUGGUGACUCAACCCCAAUCAGAGCUCAAACUGAUUGACUUUGGUUGUGCUCGGCUAAUCACCAGCGAGCCUUUCAACAGCAGUGACUAUCGAGGAGCCUUACUUUACACGCCGCCUGAGGUUCUGAGGGAUCCCACAUUCUUUCCUAACCCGGCAUACGUCUGGACAUUAGGCCUCAUCCUGUAUGAAAUAUUACAUACACGAUUGGCCUUUUACGACACGCAUUCGAUAAUCAUUGGAGACCUCCAGACAGACCUCACCUUAUCUUUAGAUUGCCUGGACCUGAUUUCCCAAUGUUUGGUCCGCAAUCCAGAGAAGCGACUGCAGUUACAUCAGUUAGAAGAGCACCGGUGGUUCAAUCCAACGAGCCCAAAUCCUGUGCAGCAGUGAGACAAGAGGAGAAAACACUAAAGAAGCGAAGAGGAGAACAGCAGCAUUUCCAGAAAUUUCACAAGACUGUUAAAGUUAUUAAUUACUCCCUCAUGUCAUUCCAAACCCCUCAGACCUUACUUUUCAGUGUCAGUGUGUUGAUGAGAGCUUUGUCCUGCACUGUAUGUGUGUCCACUGCUGAUGUUUACCUCAGAUGUGCUCACGCUUUGCUUAAAUGAGAGGAAGUCGCGCAGGCCUCUGGGUUAGUGACAAUUAAACCACACUGAACUUAACUGAACUAAACUUUAACUCCAGUGCUGUCACAGUUUUCUCCUCUAAAGUGUCAUCAAAGAUCUGCUCAACUAUUUUCUACCUCAUUAAUGAAUCUGGUGUUCUGUCAUAAGAGAGACUGAUUGUUUUAUAAUUAAUUGUUCAUGAUUGUUUUGUAAUGAAUUGUUUUUUUAAUUGUUUUGUGCUGAACUGCUUUUAUGUAUUGUUGGCUAAUACGUCAAAUAAAAUCCUGUGAAUCAAA